CCGCCCGCACGGCCUCCACGACCUGCCGCGAGGCCCUGGCCGGCCCGAGCUGACGGAGGGGAGGGCGGCUCUGUCUGACACCACCGCGUCGUCGUCGUCGUCGCCAUGGGGCCCCGCGUACUGCCACGCCUGCUGCCGCGCCGCUCGCUCGUGCUCAAGCUGGCCGUGCUGCUGGCGGCCGUGUGGCUGACGGUGGCCUUCCUGCUGAGCGCCGAGCAGCGCGCCGACACCCUCAACGGCGGCGCGGACGUCUCGUCGCUGGAGCUCGGCGGCGUGGCCCUGGACAACAACUUCCUGAGCGACGACGUCCCCGCCGCGCAGCCCUUCGUUGCCUCGCGGACGCACAGGCGCGAGAGCCCUGCGGCGCCACCCAGAGGGGCUCCUGACGGCCCGGAGAACGGCGGGGGAGUGCUGGCGCCCCCCAAGGGCCCCGAGGAGCUGGACGCGUCCAAGAAGGAGGAGCUGUACGGCGAGAUGGGCAAGCCCGUGGUGCUCGGCAACCUGACGGCCGACGUCAAGAAGCUGGUCGACGAGGGCUGGGCCAAGAACGCCUUCAACCAGUACGUCUCGGACCUCAUCUCGGUGCACCGGAAGCUGCCCGACCCCCGGGACCACUGGUGCAAGGAGCCCGGCCGGUACCGGGAGAACCUGCCCCAGACGGCCGUCAUCAUCUGCUUCCACAACGAGGCGUGGUCCGUGCUGCUGCGCACCGUGCACUCGGUGCUGGACCGGUCGCCGCCCAGCCUCAUCAAGGAGAUCAUCCUGGUGGACGACUUCUCCGACAUGCCCCACCUCAAACUGCAGUUGGAGGAGUACUUCGCAAACUACCCCAAGGUGCGCAUCAUCAGGGCGGCCAAGCGAGAGGGGCUCAUCCGCGCCAGGCUGAUGGGCGCGAGGUACGCGACCGCGCCCGUGCUCACCUACCUGGACUCGCACUGCGAGUGCGCCGAGGGCUGGCUCGAGCCCCUGCUGGACCGGAUCGCCCGCAACAAGACGACCGUCGUGUGCCCGGUGAUCGACGUCAUUGACGACACGACCCUGGAGUUCCACUGGCGCGACUCGGACGGCGUGUCUGUCGGCGGUUUCGAUUGGAAUCUGCAGUUCAACUGGCACGCCGUCCCCGAGCGGGAGCGCAAGCGCCACCAGAACUCGGCCGAGCCCGUGUGGAGCCCGACCAUGGCGGGAGGGCUCUUCAGCAUAGACAAGAGCUUCUUCGAGCUCCUGGGCACCUACGAUAGUGGCUUUGACAUUUGGGGAGGAGAGAAUUUGGAGCUGUCGUUUAAGACUUGGAUGUGUGGUGGAACCUUAGAAAUAGUACCUUGUUCACAUGUUGGGCAUAUAUUUAGAAAGCGAUCCCCCUACAAAUGGAGAUCAGGUGUCAAUGUCCUGAAGAGGAACUCAAUACGUCUUGCCGAAGUGUGGAUGGAUGACUAUGCAAAGUACUACUACCAGAGGAUUGGAAAAGAUUUAGGUGACUAUGGUGAUGUUACUAUGAGAAGAGAUCUACGUAACAGACUUGGAUGCAAGUCUUUCAAGUGGUACUUAGAUAACAUCUAUCCUGAACUUUUUGUCCCUGGCGAAGCUGUUGCUUCUGGGGAGGUACGCAACAUGGGCUUUGGUGGGAAAACCUGCCUGGAUUCUCCAGCUCGGAAGAAUGAUCUUCACAAAGCAGCAGGGCUUUAUCCUUGUCAUGGACAGGGGGGCAAUCAGUACUGGAUGCUCAGUAAAACAGGAGAGGUUCGAAGAGAUGAAGCUUGUCUGGAUUAUUCUGGACAGGAUGUCAUACUGUACCCUUGCCAUGGCUCAAAGGGUAAUCAAUACUGGCAGUAUCAUCCAGAUACAAUGCUGUUACAACAUGGGAGUAGUAAAAAGUGUUUGGCUAUCACAGAGAGCAAACAAAGACUUGUGAUGGAAGAAUGUAAUUCAUCAAGUCUGCAUCAACGAUGGAAAUUUGAAAACUAUGAUUCCAGUAAACUAUAAAAAUAUUAAACUCAUCAAAGUUAUCUAAUUGUGCCAUUUUUAUUAAUUUUUUUUGUGAGUGAGUGAGUGAGUGAAGAAGUAAGUGUUAAUUAGUGGCAUCUUACAUCUCUAAGAUCACUUCCAGAAACUUUUUAAAUAGCAAGGCAAGUGAUGGUGCAUCAAUGAAGCAUAGAAGCUUUCAGUCAAAGUAAGCGGAAGUUACGAGUUCAGUGCAUCACAACAGUUACCGUUCAAGUGACAUUAUUUGGACUGAUUAAACUUAUGUCAGCCACUGCUAGUUUUCAAAAUAUAAGAAAUUUCAAUGUGAUUAUGAUUUUGAUCAUUUUGAUGAUAUGAGCAGUGUAGUAAUUUGUAUGGACCAAACAAAGUUUUGGAAUUAUAAGUGACUGUGUGUGCUUGUUUACUUUUGGCAACUUGAAGAGAAUAAUAAAACAAACUCAGGCCUAGAGAAAUUUGAGUGUAAGUGACAGUCUGCUAUCAUAAAUUUAGUCAGUAAAUCAGAUUACUGUUUUUAUAAUGACUGGGUUUUUAUUUUCAUGUUUUACCUUGUGUGUGGGAAGAGUGAAUUUUCGUUCUAUCUAGAUGAAUCAUAUCAGAGUGAUCAAGUAAAUGUGUGCCAGUGGGUGUUAUCUUCUGUUUGCAUGUAUGAAUGUAUGAAGUGAAUGUUAUAUUGGUCUAAGAGUCAUGUCUAAACACAUCAAUAUUUGCUCAUUUUAGACUUAAAGUGCAUUUUUUUGUUUUUGUUUUUGUUAGGUUGAUUGUGGUAUGAGAGAUGCUCUCUACUUAUGAUCCAGUAGAUUCAAAGAAAUUAGCUCUAUACAACUUUCAAAUACCAUUCCGUACUUGAUUGUGCAGUGAGAAGAUUCUGAAAUUUUUUCAAUUUUGUAAUCCUCGCUGUUUUUUUUUGUUUUUUUUUAGUUUUCUAAGAUUUACCUCUUUUAUUUCCACAGUCGAUUUACUCAAAUAUUACGGUGCAACUUUUCUUUUAAGUUAGUAACCCAAAUCGAGGAUUCAUACAAAAUUUAUACCUGAAAAGAUGUAUCUUUUUUAUUAAUAGAGGAGAAUCCCUUUAAAAAGUCUGGCGUCAGGAACAAUGCCUAUUCUAUUCUAGUAUUAUAAUUUACUAUAUUUUUUUUUCUUUUGAAUAGAAGCUGUUUUCUAUUUGUAAGGCAGAGACUUGAAUUCUGCUCUAUAACAAAUAAAGCAAUGAAUGUGCAUUGCAUUUUCCUACAUUUUAUAAAUCUGCCAUUGUGUAUACAUCAGCAAGUGGCCGAUAAUGUCAUUGAAAUGUGAUUAUUUUUCCUCAAUUGUUAAGCUUGUUUUGUUAUCUUUGAAACCAUUGUUUUUUUUAUUUAGUACUAAGCAUACAUUUGGUAUGCUCUUGUGUAUUAAUGCAUUUUAUAUAUGAGGAAGAUUUCAUCUUUUAUAUAUUGGUGGAGUAUUGUCUCAUUUUACUUAUGUUGCAUUUCAUCCUCUUUGGUUCUUGUACAUACGAUCCCUAGUGAGUCUCCUUGGUUGUGAUAAUAAUUUUGCCAAAACUUGCCAUAUCAGUUUCCAUCCAUAUCAUUUUGCUUUGUUUUGUUUCACUUGAGAAUAUGCCAAUGCUAACUAGUUACAUACAAUUUAUUUUUUGUUUGUUUCCCUCUCUGUUAUUGUUAUGUACAAUGUUUUCACAUGUUUAAGCUGAAGUGUUGCUUACUUCUUUCCAUAUGCUGUACAUAUUUAUCUCAACUAGGAAAUAAUUUCCGUAUCCAACUUUUUGUAUAACAUUCCAUACACCAAACAAUAUCAGUGCAGUAACCACCAUAUCAGUUUCCAUAUCAAGUACAAUCAGUCAAAUGAAAUAAAAAAGUUGUCAAGACUUUCAAGUUAUAAAAUUUUACAGUGUACAGCUGUGCAGCAUGUAAUGUCUUGAUUUUAUGAAUUUGCUAACGAGAGAAGAUUCAAUAUCAGAUCAGAUCUGUAAAUGUCAGUAUGAAGAUGAUCUUUUUGUACUGAGAAAAAUUAUCUCACUGUUGUUCACACAUACAACAACAGUGAAUUUGUAUUUUCAGGUUACUUUCAGGUUGCACCUUUAAAGGUCUUUUGUGCCCUGAUUGCACAUGAAAUUGCACUGAAUACCAGCUGUCAUAUCCUAGAUCAGUAUUACCAUUGAAGGCACUGAUUGAUAACAAUUCCUCCAGUACUUAUAGGGCUGAAAUAUAAAAUAAUUUAGGUAGAGAUUUUCUUAUUUAGAUUAGAUUCAAAUGAUGUUAUCUGUGUAAAUAUAUUGUAAAUAAUGUGAUCAUAUUACGGUACCAUUCCUUGUUGUUCAUGUCCUUUAAAAAAAAACAAAUUUACAAGCAAACUGUUGGUCUAGUUUAGCUUUUUAUUUUGAUUAUUUCAAUCCAACUGUAUAGUUUGGGCUUCCUGUUGUAAAAUAAUGUGACAGUGGCAAUUUUUAAAUUUUAUUGGAUGGCAAAAUCACAACUAAGUAAAAAACGUUAAAGAAAAUAAACCGUUUUUAAAAAACCAAAAGAGAAAA